AUGGGGCUCCUGCUUCUCCUGCUUCUCCUGACAGAGUCAGGGCUCCUGGUGCCAAGCCAUCAAAGAAGGGCUGGUCAACCAGUCCCAGAGGAAUUCACUGCACCCCUGGAGCUGCAACAGCAACACUUUGGCUUAGUGGAUGAUUAUGGCAUUAAACCAAAGCAUCCUAAUUUCCGGACACUGUCCUUUCGUAAAGAGUCAAAAGAACUACACAAAGCACACAAGAGCAAGCGGGAUGAACCUGAUUUUGAGGAGUAUUAUUACGAUGACGCCCUUUGAUUUGCUCUGUGAAUGGAUGCCACCAAUGCCACCUCUUCAGUGGCCUUGUGCCAGCUAUUUGAUAAAGAUGGGAAAUAAGUGCCACAGACAGAAAUCCCCCCUCUCACUUUCACACCAUUCUUUAUAGCACAGGAUUGCUGAGUGUGACGCACAGAGCUCUGUCUGCUCCAUGCAUCUGUACUACAACCAUAGUCCUUGGCCCUGACUUUGACACCCUAAGAAUGCUAGCUUUCCUCCCGUGCAUUUGGUGGGUACUUAGGAAAACUUGAACACUCCGGA